AUGACGACCGCACCGCAUAUGCCGGCCAAGACAAACAGCGCCGAUGAUGUGCAUGUACGCCCGAGAGGCAUCCUGAAGAACUCUCACUCCUACACAACAGCACCCGCAGCUGCAGCUCUCAGCCCACCCACCAUCCCUGCCAUACCCGAAACAGGCGACACCAAAGACCUCACUCUGCAAAACACCCUGCAGAACGCUGGCCGCCGCCGGUCAUCCUCCAACGCCCGACCAGGCUCCUCCCGCCGCCAGUCCCUGGCCAGCGCCCACGAUGACGAGAAUAAUCCUCGUCUAAAGUGGGACGAGGCAAACCUGUAUCUAACAGAACAGGAGCGCACGGCAAAGAUGAAGAUCGACGAACCCAAAACACCCUACGCCCCGCACUACGACCCGACCGCAGAUGACAAGGAGAUCCGCGAAGCGGAAGCACAAGAGAGCUUGAUCAACGCACAGGGCGUUCUCGUCGAUGAACUGGAUCGCUCAGCCAAGGCGCACAAGAAGGGUGUCUCGGAAGACGAGAUUCCGGACCUGGAGCUCGGCGAGCCGGAGGAGAAUUCCCUCGCUGACGCCGAUCCAUCCGAUCCUCGGAUUUUCCGGGAUCGGAGCAUGAGCACGGAUUCGCAUAAAAGCGAGAAGCAUGUUCAGGUUGGCGCGGAGAAUGGUGAUGGUCUCGUGACGUCUGAGGAGUCGAAGGAGAAACAUCGCCAGUUCGAGGAACAUCGCAAGAAGCAUUAUGAGAUGAGUAACAUUAAGGAUUUACUUGCGCACCCGGAAGAACUGGACGAAAUGGAGGAAGACGAGGACGAGACCGAGUCUGGCCUUCCGCCCUCUGUGCCGCAGGUUCCUGAACACUUUCGCAAUGGUCAAUAG